GCGCUGCCAAUGUUCCAGGGAGAUUUUGAGGCGGCGGGACAAGCCGCCAAGACCAAUGAUAGCCUGGAUGGCUGAACAAAGUUGACAGGGCUUCGAAGGGCCUCGCAAGGGCUGACUGCCUGGACCCGGUAGGUGCAUUGGCUAUACGACGGCAGCAUGGCGGCGUUUGCGCCCAAGCCCGAUAGAGCUCGAUCCCUACUUUAUCUUGGCGGUGCUUAAUUCUUAUUGCUGCCAUCAUCUCCUUGACCCCGGAUUCGCGAGUGCAAACCAUCUCUGUCCUUUCAUCUCAUUCCUGUCUCAUCUCUAUCUCGUCUCCAUCUCAUCCAUCCCCGACUCCAAAGCCAUGUCCUCGGUGCUCUCAGGAAGGCGGCGCCGGCCGCAGGAAUUCACCCUUCCCAGCGGCAAAAAGGUCAUUACCACUCUGCCCGAGGAUCUCGAGGAUCUGAGGCGCAAAUACAGCAACCAGGAUGAGAUGCAGGUCGAGAUCGUCAUCCACGGCUCGCCUGAGCAUUCCAGCUAUCUCAGGGAGACGCGAGAGCAUCACGAGCGACGCCGUACCAAGCUUCGCGAGGAGCAUGGCCCUGCGUUUGCGGAGUGGGAGGACGUUCAGAACCGCCUCAACUCUGUCAACUCCGAGCUGGAGCGUCUCAGCACCAAUUCGGCUGGGCUCAACGCCAACUUCAACAAGUUUGGAUACCACGCUGACGUGCGCACCUACGACGGCGAUGAGGAAGCUGAGACGGCCCCAGCCUCCUCUGCAGCGUCCAUGUCCGACACCCUUUCUGUCGCGUCGAGUCGGUCUGGGGCCCGAUUGGGAGAGACAACCAAGCUGUUCAAGAGGCCCGUGGUAAAGCAAUGGUUCCAUCAAGGCCUACUAUGGCGCGCGUCCGAGCAAGCAGAGAUCCAAGCCAUUGAACUAUUCUUUGACCUGCUCUACGUUGGUAUUAUCCAUAUCAACGGUGAACAUAUGUGGGCGGAGCCGACUGGCCUCGAGUUGCUUCGAUUCGCAAUCACCUUCAUCAUGUCGUGGAAGAUUUGGACCGACGUCACUUUGGUUCUAAGUUGGUUCGAGACCGAUGAUGUCCUAACCCGGCUGGAGAUUCUUUUCGAGAUCGCAUGUCUCUUGGGAUUUACGACCAACAUGACGUAUUCCUUCUAUGAGGAUGAGAAACACAAUACGUACACCAUGAUGGUGGCUUUCUACCUCGCAGCCCGUCUGAGGGGUGUGGUUCAUUUUGCCAUCACCGCCUACCUCUUGCCCAUGGUCCGAGGAGUCAUGAUCUGCGAAUCCAUCAACAUACUAAUCCCGUCAGCCAUAUGGAUCGCCAGCAUUCACGUCGAGAUGCCAUCCCGCCUUGCGCUCAUCUGGAUCGCAAUCGCUUUUGACAUGUGGGGACAGUCCAUCAUCGUCGGCCUUUUCCGAUACGGACGAGCGAAGGGGGAUAAGACGCGACUUGGAACGUUCCUGACCGGGUUCUUUGAGUUCUAUCCAGCAGUCAACAUCGAGCACAGAGUCGAGAGGACCAACGCGUUCGUCUCCCUUGUCCUUGGAUACUCCGUGGUGGGUGUCAUGUUCCAGAGCUAUGGCGGCUACUACGUCAAUGCCUUCCUGGGCAAGGCCGUGCUUGGACUCGUCCAGGCAUUCAUCUUCAACUGGAUCUACUUUGACAUCGAUGGACACAAUAUCGACGUGCAUGCCAUCCGGAGCUCGGUCCUUGCAGCCUCCAUCUGGGGUUAUGCCCACCUUCCGUUCGUCAUGGGCUAUAUCCUUGCCUCUGCGGGAUUGUCGAAGCUGGUCUUGACCACGGAUACGCCCAACACAAAUCCAGAGCAGCUGUCUGAACACUAUUUCGAGCGUGCGGAGCCUGAGAUCGCCAACGGGAUCCGCUUCUUCUACUGCCACGGCCUGGCCAUCGCACUGCUCUUCAUGGGAGUCAUCUCUUUGUGCCAUGACCACCGUGCUCCCGCCACCCUCCGCUGGAGCAAGACAAGCCGCCUGGCUAACCGCUUCGCCGUCUGUGUCAUCUUGUUCUUCCUUCCGAUGGCCAAGACCCUCAACUCGCUGCACCUCAUCUCCAUCACUCUGGGUCUGACGCUCUGGGUCCUCCUGGUCGAGCUGUUUGGCAAGUCUUGCACGAAUGAUCCCUUCAUCGGCGAAAAGAAGGGCUGCACGGUGCGAUACUCAUGCAAGUGCACCAAGAAGGAAUUGAAGAAGGUGGGCGGCAAGGAGCAGCCUGAGCGCCGCAGCGCUGAAGUCCAGGAGUUCACAACCAAAGAGAAAAGCGCGGCCAUAGACGUGCAAGAUUAACAACGGAUAUAGGAGAGUCGUCCCGGAGUCAAUUGGGCGAAGUUUCAAAUUGAAUAAAUUGAAGAUAUAAUUAAUACAACAGACUGCCAUUCCCUCCAUACCAUUCCCGU